UGCUCCAGCCUUCUUCUUCCCUUGAGUGUGUGUUUCUGGGGUGGGUGUGUGUGUGAGAUCACAGACCGCUGAGUACAUGUUUGUUCAGUAAACUCUGGCUCAACCUGUCUGAUUGGUGUAGGCUGGCUGGCUGGCACUGACUUGCACAAGUAUGAAGAGAGGUUCAGCGCAGUCUUGAGAGAGGAGGGAAACUCCAGCACUCUGGCUUCUGAUGAAAACACGGUGGACUGCGAACACACACACAUACACACACACACACACAAACACCUGCUGCUGUAGGAGAGUGGAAGAGGAAACCCUGGGAAUGAGGACGGGCUGUUCAAGAGGAGAAAGACGGAGAGGAGACGAGUUCAGAAUGUGAAAUAACCUGGAGGAGAUUCUUCUACUUUGGGUCGUCCAAUGGAUCUGGGAUUCUAAUGUGGCAUUUCAGGCUCUGGGAUGUACAAGAUGUUGCUGUGUUUCUCAGCAUCACAUUGUAUAUAUGUCACCUAGCUGGAGCCAUCUCCAUCCACUCUCCUCAGAGGAGCCUGACGCGGUCUGUGCAGGAGGAUGUGUUUUUCUCAGUGGACAUUACCUGCAUCGGGGUCCCCACCAUACAAUGGACCUUUAUGUCAGGCGCGGUGAGCCGCACCAUAGGGACUUGGGUGCCUGGGGAGUACACCAACAUCACGUUGGAUUACAGCAGCAGGGUGCAGCAUUACGACAACGGCUCCAUGGGCCUGUCGGACCUGAGGCUGCCGGACGGUGGAUACUAUGUGGUCACUGUGACGGAUACGACCGGAAGCAGCAAGGACACCGGAUUUGUCCUGAAAGUGAACGAGGUGAUCUAUGAGGAUCUUCAGUACCUGUCGGUCUCUGCGUUGGCUCUGGCCUGCUUGGCUGGACUUCUCAUGCUGACCAUGUGGCUCCUGGACAAGGUCUACAGGAAGAUCAAGGCAUGGAGGCGCAGGAAACAGAUGCCAGAAAAUGAUGCAACAGAGCUGCAGCCUCUAUGAUGGACGUCCAGCUGUGAACUAUGAAGACACCAGAGACUUCUCAGUGUUGCAACAAGAGGACUUCUUGUUGUGCAGAAAAAACUGAAGAUCUUUUGUUACUGACAUUAUUAGGACGUGUGGUACUCGGUCUAUGCUCUGUAAUGAGGGCACAUGCAUUUAGAGCACAACAAUGGUGACACUGGAUUGGAUGUAAAUAUCACUCACUGCAGUCGAAAAUACAAACUGUAUUUAUUGUCAAAGAUAAA